CCUCCUCGUGAAGAACCCCCGAGCGGUCCACGUCCACCCGGCCUGCCACCCACCGAUUUCAUCCGCCCCUUCCCGAUUCAACCAAAGAAAUUAGGGUUCCUGAAAAGGGCGACAAGCUUCUCUCGAUUGAACGCCUAGGGUUCCUAAUUCUUCUUCUUCCUUGCUCCUUUUACCUCCUUCGAUGGAUGAUUCCGAGGACGACGCCCGGUACCCACCCAAUCUCCACCCCCCGAAGCCUCGCCACUAUUUCCCCUCUUCUUCCUCCGCUCCUCGCCCCAAGACACGCUUCCGUAACCCCCCUCCCCCUCCCCACUUUGGCCGUGGUUAUGACGACGCCACCGACGACGACGAAGAAGAGGAGGCCGAGGAGGAGGAGCAGAACUACAUGGAUCAGCCCGUAGAUGACGAUGAGGACGACGAUGGCGACGGCCAUCGCCGCACCCGGAACUACGGCGACGAUGACGAUGACGAUGACUCCUCGUCGGAGAGCCGUGGGAAGCGGAGAAGGAUCGACAAACUCGCCCUGGGGUUCGAAUUCGCCCCGCGCCUGCGUGCCGCGGCGCCCCCCAAGCCUCUCGCCCGGACCUCCCCGCCGGAUUGGUCGGAAGACUCGACCUUUGUGCUCCUGGAUGCUUGGGGCGAUCGCUACCUCCAGAAUGGAAGGAAGAGUCUCCGAUCGGACGAGUGGAAUGAGGUCGCCAAGAAGGUGUCGCAGGCUUCCAAGGUGGUUCGAUCCGACGCUCAGUGCCGCAACCGGGUCGAUACCCUGAAGAAGAAGUACAAGAAAGAGAAGGCGAGCAUCAUGGCGCACGGGAAUGCUGGAAGCAAGUGGGUUUUUUUCAAGAAGAUGGAUGCCUUGAUGUCAUCGCCAUCCCCACCACCGCUGACAGCACGGCAGCAGCCACCGCCACCACCACCGCCGAGGUUGCCCUGCGGUGUUGAUGCGGGAGAGUAUGUCUUUGCUAGUUCCAGCGUUUACAGGAAUGGUUACAGUGGGAAUAAUGAGAUGAAGGACAGUCCGGGAGACAGCGGAACCGAGGAUGAUGGUGAUGAGGAGAAUGACUCUGAUGGGCUUCCACCACAGAGGGAGAACAUUUGCUCAGACUCUUCUUUUAAGAUGCUUGCGGAGUCAAUUCAGAAGUUUGGAGAGGUUUAUGAGAAGAUGGAGAACCAUAAGAGACAGCAGAUGGCAGAGUUAGAAAGGAUGAGGAAGGAGUUCCAAAGGGAUUUGGAGGUGCAGAAAAGGCAGAUUUUGGAAAGGGUGCAAGAGGAGAUUGCAAAAUUGAGAGAGGAGCAAGUGGAGGAAGAUGAUGAUGAAGACUUGGAAGAUAGGGAUGAGGACAACAACGAUGGUGAUGACGGUGGUUCUGCUGAGAACUUGAGCGGGUAGGGAUCAUCUCUGCUUCAAUCUACCUGACUGCCUUUGUAUGAGACAUGGAAAGUGAUUGCGGAGCAUCCAUUGGCUGCUUUAUUGUUUUAUGUGUACCUAAUUAGAAGUGAUGUACUGCGUUAGGAUUGGAAGUAGUAAAUUUUCCCUUUGCAAAUAAUGUGAUUCUGUACCACACAGAUUCAAGUGCUCCUCCUUUUUAGGUAUAACUUUGAGAUUUCAUGUGGACGGGGUUGGGGUUGCGCAAGUCUCUCCAUCUCCCUCUCAUCUGUUGCAUAGAAACCUGAAUUAUAGGGUUCCACAGCAAUGCGUGUGUAGAACUCUACGUUUGCAUGAUUGCUCCCGUCAAGUUGUUCA